AUGAGAAAGUGGGAGGUGUCGAGCCCCGCGAGGGCGCGGGAAACCGGCUGGUUUAAAUGGGGGGCGGGGCGCGCGGGAGUUUGGCUUUCCAACUGUGCGGCUCUAGGGAGGAUCCGACCUCUGUCCACUGGCCUUGUCCCUGUCCCUGUUGUUUCGUCGUCCACUCCCGCUUUGGUCAUGGUGCGGACUAAGGCCGACUGCAUGCCAGGCUCCUACCGCAAAGUGGUGGCGGCUCGAGCGCCUCGGAAGGCUCUGGGUCACUCCAGUUUCGCCAACACCUCUCCUUCGCCUCCGUCCCGGAAAGUUGAAAGUAAGUAUGCAGGGGGGAACCCAGUAUGUGUACGGCCAACACCCACAUGGCAAAAAGGAAUUGGAGAAUUCUUUGGGAUGUCAUCUAAACACUCAGAAAAAGAGAAUCAAAUUCCUGAUGAAGCAGAGGCAGGAAAUAGUGGCCUAGGAAAACCUAAAAGAAAAUCUCUUCCUUUGCAACCUGAUCCCACAGAAGAUGAUGGAUGUUCAGAUGAAGAAUAGAACAUUCUCAUGUAUCUUUGCUUUCAUCAGAAUUCUAGGAUGUACAUUGGUGUAAAUAUGUUUGUUUACAGUGGUUAAGGUUUAAUUUUUUUUUGUACAGAAAUUUAAUUAAAAAUACUAAAAAAAAUCUGCUUAAAUUCAGUCAGUAGUAAGUAGUUCUGAAUGGGAGACUAUAAGAUUAUUAUAUGCACAUAUAUAAUUAGCAUAGCCAUCAAUAUUAAGCAGUAUUUUAUUCCUGUUCUUAAUACUGUAAGCUCCUUAUUUACCAGAAAACCAUUACAUGGUGUUAUAAAUAACUUGUGAUAUUGGAGAUUGGCUUGAAUCUUUGUGCCACUGCCAUUUUAUUGGCAUCUUUUUUGAAAUAGUGCCAUAUUUUUGUUCUUCAUUUGCUUGAAAAGCAGUAGACUUUGCACAUUUAAAAACUAUUUUCCCAGUAUUAACAAAACUGAAGGGAUAUACUUUUAAUGACUUAACUUUCUUCAGAAAGAGAGGUCAAAUGCAAUUUUGAAAGCAUUUAGAGAGGUAUCCUCUAGUUAGGAAAAGACUGUUUUUCUAUUUGUCUCAAAUUUUUAAUAGGUAGAAGUUCAUAAUGCAUUUUAUGUGCUAAGAUUCCUUUUAAGAUAAAACAUUCAAUUUAUAGCAGCUCUUUUUGUAGUGGCAAAGAAUUGGAAAUUAAGGGGAUGACCAUUAAUUGGGGAAUGGCUGAAC